AUGUGUGACCAAUCAUUCCCCAAGAAGAGACAGCUGGCAGUUCACAAGCGCGUACAUGCCGGCACGCGACCGUACUCCUGUGAUAUUUGCGGUAAAGCAUACACCAAGGGUAUAAAUCUAAACCGGCACAAACGGAUACACACCGGCGAACCACGGCACCGUUGUCGGAUAUGUGGCAGAGAAUUUUUCACUUCUGAGCAGUUGGAUCAGCACCAGCUUACCCAUAAAGAUCAGGCUUACGUUUGCGAUAUCUGUAGUAGGAAGUUUACCGAAAACAGUAGUCUCACGCGACACAAACUUAUCCAUGCGGGUGAGAGAUCGCACAAGUGCGAUAUUUGUGGCAAAGAAUUCAUAACUAGUGCUGAACUCACUCGCCACAUGCGCAUGGAUACUGGCGAGCGUCUGUAUAAGUGUGAUAUCUGUAGCAAAGGCUACGUAGAAAGUAGCAGUUUGAAACGUCACCGGCGUGUUCACAUCGAUAUGAAUCUUGCGGAUCAGCUAUUUAGUUGCGACAUCUGUGGUAGAAAGAUUCUUGAAUCUAAAGAACUUACGCAGCACAAACUUAUCCACAGCAAAGAUCGAGAAUUCAGAUGUGAAGUCUGUGGUGGCAGGUUUAUAAAAUAUUCUCACGUGACUCGGCACAUGCAAAUCCAUACAAACGAACGCCCAUACAAAUAUGACCUCUGCGAGCAGGAGUUUCUUCGAAGAGCACAUUUGACCCAGCAUAAUCGCAGGCAUGUUGGCGAACGACCCCAUGGCUGUGAUUUGUGUGGAAAAAGAUUUGUUGAACGUAGUCAUUUGAUGGGACACAAGCAGCUGUACGACAGGUCAAGGAAUGGUAGCAUGCGAAAAGGAAAAAUUAAGGAUUCUACCGCGACCGAAAGCAUCCACGCGUUCGCUGGAGGCGGUAAUAGGAAAAUAAAAGAGGAAAAGCAAGUUCUAACAUAA